AUGGGCAGAUGGGCGAAGGCCCUUCUGAUCGCCCUCGCUUGCUGCACAUUGCGGUGGCAUGGUGCACCAAUUGCACUACCAUUCUGCCAGGGCAAUUUUUAUCCCAGGCAAGAUUCGCAACAAGGAUUGAGGAGAAGCCGCAGAGCGACGGUGGCUAGAUCUCAUGUGGGGUUGGAGCAGCUUCAGCAGAUAGCGCAUGGUCCAAUGGGUGCUCCAUAUUUCUGCGCUGCAUAUGCGGGAGCUUUGUGCUUUGCGGUGCCAGCGACGCCUUUGACACUAUCUGCAGGAUACUUGUUUGGGUUUCCUGUCGGUUUCUUGCUGGCAGUUGUAGCGGCAGGCUUCUCUGGAGGUAUGUGCUUCUUACUAUCCAGAAUGCUGCGGCCUACAAUGAUGCGGCUCGUGGCAAACAAUGGUGCGUUCCGGCAGAUCAACCGUGCCGUUGAACUUGAAGGCUUCAAGAUCAUUUUUUUGCUGCGGCUUUCGCCGCUGAUUCCAUUCUCGAUUCUAUCAUACGCUUGCGGCUUGAGCAAAGUUGCCUUCCCAGCAUUCCUCAUCGCGAAUAUUCUUGGAUUCAUGCCAUGCACUGCAGCGCUCGUAUAUGCAGCGACACAUGCCCGCUCUGUAGUGGAGUCUGGUGGCGCGCUUCCCUUGCCAAGCUACAUCGCUGCCACAGCUGCAACGCUCGCCCUCCUCUACUUGGCUUCGAAGGUCGCCAAGAAUGCUCUUGAUGCAGCGAAGGACAAAGCGCCGAGCUGA